AUGCUUUCCAAAGAGUGCUUUAAUUUUUUCUUUGGCGUUACAGGUGCCAGUGAAAGCGUGGGAAAGCACAUGCUUGAAGCGUGCAACAAUAACCUGGAGAUGGCUGUCACCAUGUUUCUGGACGGGGGAGGCAUCGCAGAGGAGCCCAGCACCAGUUCCGCAGGGGUGUCUGCUGUUCGGCCGCACACCGAGGAUGAAGUACGAGCUCCAAUUCCUCAAAAACAAGAAAUUUUAGUAGAGCCUGAGCCCUUGUUUGGAGCUCCUAAAAGACGCAGACCUGCGCGCUCAAUAUUUGAUGGUUUUCGGGAUUUUCAGACAGAAACCAUUCGACAGGAACAGGAGCUACGAAAUGGAGGGGCAGUAGAUAAGAAACUCACUACUCUAGCAGACCUCUUCAGGCCGCCCAUUGACCUGAUGCACAAAGGCAGCUUUGAAACGGCCAAGGAGUGUGGGCAGAUGCAGAACAAAUGGCUCAUGAUAAACAUUCAGAAUGUGCAAGAUUUUGCCUGUCAGUGUCUCAACCGCGAUGUCUGGAGCAACGAGGCUGUGAAGAACAUAAUCCGGGAACAUUUCAUUUUUUGGCAGGUGUACCAUGACAGUGAGGAAGGACAGAGGUACAUACAGUUUUAUAAAUUAGCAGACUUCCCUUAUGUCUCCAUCCUGGAUCCCAGGACAGGCCAGAAGCUAGUGGAGUGGCACCAGCUAGAUGUGACUUCCUUCUUGGACCAAGUGACCGGAUUCCUGAGUGAGCAUGGACAGCUGGAUGGCCAUUCUACUAACCCUCCCCAAAAAUGCUCUCGUUCAGAGAGUCUCAUUGAUGCCAGUGAGGACAGCCAGUUGGAAGCUGCUAUCAGAGCCUCGUUACAGGAGACGCACUUUGAUUCCUCUCAGGCCAAGCAGGAGAGUCGCUCAGAUGAGGAGUCAGAGUCGGAGCUUUUUUCUGGAAGCGAAGAGUUUAUUUCGGUUUGUGGAUCUGAGGAGGAGGAGGAAUCAGAGAAUCCUGCCAAGCUGAGGAAGUCUCCGCACAAGGACUUGGGGUAUAAAAAAGAGGAGAGCCGGAGGCCUCAGCCUGAGCCCCCUGCAAGGACUGAGCCCGGGACAGCAUCAAAUCACCGAGUACUGCCUUGCGUUGAUGCAGGGACACUGGAGGAGUCCACGGACAAGCCUGAAAGUACGUUCCAGGGCCCAGAUGCGAAUGGACCAAAGGCACAGCUGAUGCUAAGGUAUCCAGAUGGAAAGAGGGAACAAAUUUCACUGCCUGAACAAGCUAAACUUCUGGCUCUUGUGAAACAUGUCCAGUCAAAAGGAUACCCCAAUGAACGCUUUGAACUUCUCACCAACUUCCCUCGAAGGAAACUCUCCCACCUGGACUAUGAGAUCACAUUACAGGAGGCAGGCCUGUGUCCUCAAGAGACUGUCUUUGUGCAGGAAAGGAAUUAGCACCGCGGCCUGAGUUCUCCCAGCCUUCCUCCCCUCUCCUCUUUGCCUGGGACACCAACUCGUUAAAUAUGCAGUUGAGGGUCAUGGGAUUGCAGCGCUGAAAUCAGGCAGGCAGCUGGCUGGCCCUUCUCUCUCUUCUUCCCUUCUCCUGCUCUAGUGACCAAAUGAGAGUGUUCAGAGUUUUAUUUUCCUUCCUCAGCCUGAGCCCUGUGGAGAGCGUUGAGAAGAACAUCGUCCCUGUGUUUUCAUGGAACAAAGUAGAACGGUGUGAUCUGUGUAUCCACUAUGGUGGGGCUCGGAGCAGCCAUAGUACGCAUACCCUUCUCGCUGCUAUUCUUAAAUCUGUUUUGUUUAAUUUAUUUUUUGGAAAAUAGUGUGUGAUAAGGCACUGAGUCAUCUCUCUGUAAAGGACAGAGUGUAAUCUUCAGUGCAGUCUUUCCCUUGUUCUGAUUCUCUGCAUGAAAGGUCUCCAUUAACCGUACAGCCGCCUCAAGGGUUCAUGUACCUAGCGCUCUGCGAGGAAGGAGCUGGGUUGAGCUGUGGUGAGAUACUUUUGACUCCAUCUAAUCUAAAGGCUUCUAGAUUGCAUGCAUGUUUCCCCCCCUGCUUUAAAUGCUGCCGGUGGACAUGAUAAGAAAAACCACCAACCAAAAAUAGAAGCCCAGCUAUACUCUGUAUGGGAUUGAUGACUUGGCACAGAGGGAAAGCUGCACGUCCAUUGUUGGAGCAGAUUUGUCUCCUUGGUGGGGUUUCCAUUUGUUCUCUUCCCAACACCCCCUCAGUGUCUCCUUUUUACUCACUCUCAGGAUUUUGCAAAUGGUCAUAGAAGGUGGUAGGAUACUGUAAAGAUCUUGGGUUCUCUAGAGAAUACCUGUUGCAAAAACUUGACUGUUAGUUGGCUUUUUUCUUUGCCUGGUAUUUUUUGUUUUCCCCAGGAGUGACUAGUUUUGCAGGGGUUUUGGUGCGGUUGAGCAGGACAGCAAGUCAUAGACAGGUUUUCUUUCAUUAAUUAAAAAUGUACACAGCCUUGCCAAACUGUGGAAUUAAUUAUGCUUUAUAAAAGACUUCACAGCCUGGUGGCUUCUGUGCUCUGGGCUGCUUUUUAUUCCACUUUCAUCUUCACUUACCUCUAAAUGUGGAAAGCUGCUCCUUUAUUUAGGCUCUCUUCAGCUGUGGAAGGUGGCACCAAAAGUCACGCAAGUGUAUCCUGGGCCUUGCAGAGUGCUCUGUUUCCCAAGUGUCUUCUCUAGGCAUCAAGCUGAUGAGUUGGUGUUACAGUAGGCAUUUCAGUGGGAUAAAACUUCACUCAAACAACCAUCCUCAAGGUGGAUGUGGAAUUUGUGUAUUUACAAUUAAGAACUGGGUGUAGCGCGCUCUUCAUCAGUGAGGAAAACAGCACGUGAGACCUGCCGUAACUGCUGCCUUUCUUUGCAGCUGUCAGAUGAUUAUAAUUGUUAAAGAAAAAGACUUUCUUUAAUCGUCAUAAAUUUACUGUAGACUAAAGCUUUUCAUCCUUUGGAGUCUUGACAUGUAGGAAAUCCCAGAAAAUGUCUUGCAUUCCCCAUGAAUGCAACCAGCUCCCAACUGUCAUCUUCUCACAACUGAGGUUUUUUACAUGUAAUCAUACAAUUGAUUAUCCUUCUACACAAAAACUAUCUCAUGUUCUACUGCAAGGUGCAGUAUCAGGAAAGCAAAAUCUGCUAGUGGUUUCCAGAUCAGCAGUUGAUGUGACGUUGGAUGUCGGUUUUGGCUUGUAAAGAUACUCUUGUAAAGAGACUCCACCACCAUGGAGGUGGCUUCCCAGCAUUAGAAAGUGAAAGGUCAGCAGAGGAGGGGGGGACGUUGGUGUUUGGUCUGUGAAGCAGCAUUGGCACCUCUAGACUGAAGGAUUUUGUGUUUCUAGGAUAUGCCAAUUCAUAACUCAGACGUAUGAGUGGGACAGAAGGAAACCCUUUCAGUGUAGGUCUAACGCUUCCCUGAGUGGCUUCAGCUGUCUAAUUGAAAUAACUCAUGCUGACAUUUGUUGCCUUGAAACUCGUUGCCUCUUCUGUGGUGAGCUGCAGGAAGAUGAAGGUGGGCUGCCAGCAGGGCGCAGUUCCCAACACAGGUAUAGACAGUCCUUCCGUCUCCCUCCCCGUGGGCUGGGGUGGGAGCGCGUUGUCCUUUCCUGCCCCUCCUGUAGGGCAAGGGAGCCUUUGUGGUUCCACUGAUUGCUCUUUUGGCUGGCAGUGUUUGCUGGUGGAGGGCCAGCUUGUUUUGGACAGGCUUGGCUUUGUAUCCGCGCUGGGAACGUUGUUCCACAUCAGCUUUUCUGGCAGUUAAGUUAAACAUACAAAAUUGACUCUGCCUUUUCAGUCCCAGGUCUGUUUUACUGGUGGCUUCUCUUGGCCCCUGCCCCUCCCAGCUGGUACUGAUGGAGGGGGGGCCAGGCAGUGAUAGGUUGAAGCAAACCUCUCCUCUUUGCUCAGCUCUAAGGAAAAGAGUAACCUUACACUUACCAUCUUGCUGUCAAAAAAAAAGCCCUGGGUGAGCUUUUUGUUGCUUUUCUUACACCAAGAGCAGCUGAGUCCCCUCUCUGAUGAGGAAGCUGCCAUUGCACUUGGCUGCUGCAAGUUUAUUUUUAAACCAUCAAAAACCACACCUCUUGAGCACAGUAAAUGAUUUUGCCUGCUGGUGUGGUGAGACUGGGAGUCCUUACGCUCUCACUUUAUUUUUUUUUUUCUUUCUUGAGGUUUUAUUUAGAAAAAUAUUAGUAUUUUUAUAACCUAACAGGGAAAGAAGAAUGUGAAAUUGAAGAUUUAUAUUGAGAAUGGGAUUUUUCCUUCCAUCUCACAGCUCCUGGUAGUUUGUUCUGUUCCAAGAAAUUAUGAGCCUGUUUGUUUUGUUCCUCUGGCACGAUGUGGUUUUUCUUCCACUUUUCUUUUGCAGAAGAACUUCCACUUUUCUUCUGAGAGCAGAAGGCGGUGAAAAAGUGGUUUUAAGAAACACGCGUCCCAGCAUGUGGCUCUUCUCUCCCUUCAUUCCUUUCCCCUCUUUCCUCCUUUUUCCCAACCCAAAUAAAACCAGUGCCACGGCUACGAUCAGCUGUGCUGUGGUGGCUGAAAGCAGAAUCCUGGCACCAACCAGGGUUCAGUCUCUUCUGUGUUGAAGCCCUUUGGAGUUUGGAGGCACUUGUUUUGCUGGCCUGAGGAGUGUGCUGAAAACACGAGCCAAGUUCUGCCUGCAGCAGCUCGCAGCAGUGAAGGUGUAAGGUAUUUGGGCUCUAUUUAUAAAGAGCCUUUGUCACAGUUGUGACAUCUGAAGUGAAAUCUGAAAUUGUGAAAUCUGAAGUUCACAUUGCUUUUGACAAGGUUGGAAAAAACGCCUUAAAUCUCUGAUUGCAAAGUAAGGUGUUGAAAUAUGAAGGACAAAAGAAAAAAAUCCUUCAAAGGCUGUGGUUUGUGGCUUACUGUGCGUGUUGGUCAGCCAUAAUUUGCAUCUUGGGUUGCGAGGGCCACCAGGAGUUUGGAGAAGCAGAAGGGCAUGUAGACAGUGGAAGUCUUUCUGGGUAGAGAGCUAAAGGCUUUCAAGCUGUAGCUUCUUGAUGCUUGUGGAGAUGUUUCCUUUGCGGGUGCUCUUCAUCUAACAACGCUUUGUUUUGACAUUUUGUGUCUAACUGCAGCUAGUAGUCACAGUCACAACCAGUUUCCAGAAACAGAAGGCAAAAUGAGUGCUGGCUGUCCCUGCCAGGUGCUUUAGACACAUUUACUGUUGGCUUCCCACCUCUGAUCCUUCAGAGGCCCAGAGAAGGAUUUCAGGUCUUCCUUGGCGAUAUGUGCUCCAAGUCAAGCUGAUCGACCAGCUUCAAACCUCUCAGCAGUCCCUGCUGACAUAAAAAGGGCAGAUAAAGGCCGUCCCAAACAUCCCUGGGUGUCCUUGUGUUAUUUUCAUUAGGCUUUGAAUUUAAGUCUGCCAUUUUUACAUUCCUGACAUUCAUGGACUGAAAUACAUUGCCAUCCCCGAUACAUCGGAUAAAUAAGAUAAAUAUUAAAGGAAUAUCCAUGGAUGUGCAUAAUAGCCAUGUGAAAUACAAUUGUCUUUAAAAAGGCAUCCAGAGGUACCAUUGUUCCUUGGUAGAUUUAAACAGCAGUUUUAUGUCAGCUCCCUGCUUUCUGGAGCUCACUGUAAACUACGUCUGGUUUUCACUGCUGUUUGCGUUUCACAUGGUCCACUACUCUCAUGGAUGCAUUUUUAAAACAGUACUGAAUGUAUAUACUCAUCUGCACCAGCUUAUACAGCUUCCACUUUUACUGGUGCUAGCUUUUGUACCCUUGCAGAAACUGGCAGCUGGUUUUAGUCCAUGUUUUAGUAAAUAAACCUCACUGCAGAAGAGCCUAAUUUCUCAAAUUUCUGCUCAUGCCAGAGCACCAAGCUCGUUUGCAGGGACUCCACAGCAACAAGGGCUAAACCUAAAGCCAUUUUCUCCUGGGGGCAAGGAAUCGCUUGGGCUGCGUUUUGUCAGAUACUCGCUGCGGAGAUGCACAAAAUGUGGUGUUUGUGGUUGCAUUUCUCAACCAUGUAGGAACAGAUAAGACAGACCCGUGUGGGAAUGUCCGUGUGGAUGGGAAGGCUCAUGUCAUUUCAGGAACUCAUCACUUAAUUUUUAAUCCCUUCUUAGCUUUUAGCAAACGUCACUACUUGCUUCUUGUUUAAUCUCUUUUUAGUCAAGUUAGUUGAAAAACACGUUGUCCUGUAUUCCCAGAGGAGGAGGAGGGGUGGCAGAGGUGGGCUUGCAGGAGGGUGAAGUGCAAAGUCUCAGUCCCAUAAAGAGCAGCAGGUGCACCUAGACCAGCUGUUUUAAUAGAUUUGAUUGCGGCCUUUUCUCCACCCUUUCUGUUUGUUUGUUUUGACAGAAAUUACUUUCUACAAAUGGAACAGCUAUUGUUAAAGAGGUAAAACAAAACUCGUGUUUUUAACCCUGUGUUGGCCAUCUGGGUUGUUGGAAGUACCUGCAGUCACGUGUUUGGAGUUGAUCUGCAGACGUUUGGCGACCAGCACUUGAGGUCUGUUGGUUGACGUUCCACAAAGACAGUCUUGCCCAGGUUUUCUCUGUCCGAGCCCAAGAUCUUAUGGCAGUUUGGUUUGUACUCUGCUGUCGGCCCCAGAACCCAUGAGGUUAAUGGAGACCCUUCCUGUGGUGGUGUACAGGAUGACUUCUACUCCAGCCUCCUCUUGUCUGUUAGGUGACUAGUGUCUGUCCACUCCCAAUAAAUAUAGCCAUAUGUAUAUAUAUAUAUACACACACACACACACGCGUGUGUUUUUAAUUGGAGAAUGCAGCACUUAACAUCAGUGCCUCAACUUGCCUCAGUUUUAUCUUCUGUUGCUUUCCAUGGAUAUAUUAUGAGCGAUUGCAGAAGCUCGGGAUCUGAUCACUGUCUUUAAUGACUGUGAGUUGUCUGCAGUACAGAGGAAAGUCAUUUUGUAGCUGCUCGUUAAAUGGUGCUGAGACUCUAAGGUAUAGCAGGGCAGGUAGUAAAAGUUCUUGGAGCAGGGGGACGAGGUGCUAUUUUAUAGAACAGAUUUACAUGAAGAACAUUUGGGUAAAACUCAGCUUGGAGAUGUGGUGCCUCAUCAGAGACACCAGACUAUAGGAUAGAUGAUUUUUAUAAAUGAGGCUGUUUCCUCUAAUUGGUGAACUUAGAGUUUCAAAAUUAUGAAAUUUUCAAACUGUAAGCUCACCAAUUAGAGGAAACAGCCUCUUUUUUUUUUUUUUUUUUUCAAAAUUAUAAAAUUUUGAAAGCCUGUCAAUUUUUACGGUAGCCACUUUCUUCUUCAAUGAUGGCAACUUCAAGUGGGAGGAAGGAGAGGAUUAAUUUGGAAGAUUUCAGCUCACUGUGCUGGGAGGGACCAAACUCAAGGAAACCUCUGAUCUAUAUACACAACUGCUGCAUUUUUUUAUAAAUAUAUGUAAAUGUCCUAUUGUAAUAUUUGAUCCUGGGAAUAAACCAAACUGUUUUCAGUA